GUAUAGUUGAUUAGAACAAAGCAUAAAACUUCUACCACCGGUAAAAACACCAAAAACCACCACUUUAGGCCGCAAAUGGCGGCGGCGGCGGCAGCGGCGGCGGUAUCCCAUAUCUUUCGCCCCCGUUUCUCAUCAGCAAAAAUCACGCUUCAGCUCAACCUCCUCCACUCAUUUUCCGACUCCGAACAGCUCGACCCAUCUCCGGCGCCAUGCGCCGCCGUGGAAAAACCGUCCCUCCCGGCUCUCCAAAACUCGCCGGAGGCGGACUCUCUCUGCCAAGUCUUAAUCCGGCACCACAACCCGUUCCACCACAUGGAAUCUUCUCUCCAGCUCUACGGUAUUUCCCUUUCGCCGCCUCUAAUCCACCAGACCCUCCUCCGCUUGAAUCAUCAGUCCAAAAUCGCCCUCGCCUUCUUCAAAUACACUCAGUUCCACAAACCCUCGCCGCCGCCAUCCUCAUCUCCUCUUCUCGACACCGCAGCGUACAAUAUCAUCAUCGACAUCUUGUGCAAAGUUCGCCAAUUCGAUGUCGCGUGGCAGCUGAUUUUGCAAAUGGAUAGCCAGGAGAGCGGUUCCAAGCCCGAUUUCACUACUUUCUUUGUCUUGAUCAGACGUUUGAUCUCCGCCGGGCUGACGAGAACUGCGGUUCGUGCUUUUUACGACAUCGGCAUUUUUCUCGGUACCGAUACUUUCGAGUCGAGCUUUAGUUUCUGCUUUUCUUAUCUUCUCGACACGCUUUGUAAGUACGGAUAUGUGAAGGUGGCGGUGGAGGUGUUUAAUAAGGAGAAGUACAGAUUGGAGGCUGACACGAAGUUGUAUACUAUCUUGAUUUACGGGUGGUGUAAGGUGGGGAGAAUCGAUAUGGGGCGGAAGUUUUUCGGAGAGAUGUUGGAGAGGGGAAUUGGGGCUAAUGUAGUUACGUACAACGUGUUGUUGAAUGGGAUUUGCAGGCGUGCGAGUUUGCAUCCUGACGGAAGGUUUGAGCGCGUUAUUAGGGAAGCAGAGGAGGUGUUCGAUGAAAUGCGCGAGAGGGGUUUGGAGCCUGAUGUGACGAGUUACUCGAUUUUGCUUCAUGUGUAUAGCAGGGCUCACAAGCCCCAGCUCUGUUUAGACAAGUUGGUGAUGAUGAAAGAGAAGGGGAUCGGGCCGAGUUUAGCCACGUAUACUUCUGUCGUAAAAUGUCUUUGUUCCUGUGGGAGGAUGGAUGACGCCGAGGAGUUACUGAACGAGAUGGUUCGUUGUGGUGUAACCCCCACGGCAGAAACGUACAACUGCUUUUUUAAGGAGUAUAGGGGUAGAAAAGAUGCAGAAGGUGCAAUGAAGUUCUAUAAGAGGAUGAAGGAGGAGGAUUCUUUACUUUCGCCAGACAUGCAUACGUAUAAUAUACUGCUGGGUACGUUCUUGAAGUUGGGAAAAAUGGGACUCGCGUGGGAGAUUUGGGAUGAUAUGAAUACGAGUGGGGUCGGACCGGAUUUGGAUGCCUAUACGAUUUUGGUACAUGCGUUGUGCGAGAAGAGGAGAUGGAGACGGGCGUGCGAGUAUUUCGUGGAGAUGAUUGAGAAGGGGUUCCUUCCGCAAAAGAUUACUUUCGAGACACUGUACCGAGGCUUGAUUCAAGCCGACAUGUUGAGGACUUGGAGAAGGUUGAAGAAGAAGCUUGAGGAAGAAUCGAUAACAUUUAGUUCGGAAUUUAAAGAGUAUCACCUCAAGCCCUAUAACAGAUGACGAUUGUCUUGUGGUUUUGAAGCAAGAAUUGUACCUUGUAGGUAUUACUUUCGGGUUUGGAAUACUAUUUUGGAUAUUUCUAUGCUCCUGCGCGUGCUUAAACGCGUAAUAUUUAACUGUUAGGGAUAUGAUAAUAUGACUGUUACACCCUUCGUCUCCUGGUUUAUGGUCAGAGUUACCCAUGUACAAUAUAGGCGAUAUAUCUUAUAUUAUCUCUCUCAUUUACAGUGA